AUGUCCACGUCACUAUCCUCAUCUAGCUCCUCGGCUUCCUUCACGCACGAGAGGGGCGCGGGCGCCGCCGGCGCUGCGAACCGCGCGUCCUCCGACGACACUCGUUCCUCCGCGUCAGACCCCACUCUGAACGCCAAGAUGCACUCCUUCGAUACGGCCGGCAACACCGGCGUUGCUGACAGUGGUGUCAUGGCGGACGACGUACGCAGCGAUACUGACGUCCUAAACGAGCGCAAGCGCCACAGCGCGGCCUCGGCCAGCUUCGAACAGGAUCUCGAGCGCACCGGUACCAACGCGACCUCCGAGACGCACGCGGCCAUUAACCGCCGCGUCAGCCGAAUUCUUUCGGGAUCCCAGAACGAGGUCGAAAAAGUCAAGGUUGACUACUCACAUUGCCCACCCAUGGGCGGCGGCAGGCCGUUCCCACCCACUCUGCCCAGCAGGGAGCCCUACGAAGUUGCCUUCGACGGCCCUGACGACCCCAUCCACCCUUACAAUUGGCCCAUGCGUAAGCGUGCCUUCCUGUGUCUGCUGCUGGGUCUGAACGCCGUCACUGUCGCCAUGGGCUCAUCCAUCUUCGCGUCCGCAGUCCCUCAAAUCUGUGCGAAAUACCACGUCGCGCAGGUUGUGGGCGUGCUCGGAGUUACACUGUACGUCUUCGGCUUUGCAGCCUCGCCUGUUAUCUACGCGCCACUCUCUGAGCUGUAUGGCCGUCAAAAGCUUCUUAUCAUCUCGUCGUUUGGCUUCGUGCUGUUCAUGUUUGCAACAGCCACUGCCAAGGACCUCCAAACCAUCAUGAUCUGUCGUUUCUUCGCGGGCUUCAUCGGCGCCGCGCCGCUCGCUAUCGUGCCCGCCUGUUUCUUCGACAUGUUUGACAACGAGACCCGUGGUACUGCCGUUGUGGUCUUCGCCAUGGGUGUUUUCAUGGGCCCUAUCUUAGCUCCCGUUUUUGGCUCCUAUAUUGUCCAGCACACUACAUGGAGAUGGACCCAGUACUGCGUGGGUAUGUUCGCCGCCUUGGUGACAAUCCUUCUGGCUAUUUUCUACGAAGAGACCCACCACCCAACUAUUCUUGUCAACAAAGCGCGCCGCAUGCGCCAAAUAAGUGGGAACUGGGGUAUUCGUGCCGCUCACGAGGACGCUGAACUAUCUCUCAAGGAGAUCGCCCAGAAAACUGUCACCAGACCUAUUUACAUGUUAGUCACGGAACCCAUUCUGUUUGCCAUCACCUUGUAUCACUCCUUCGUGUAUGGUAUUCUUUACUUGCUGCUAGAAGCCUACCCAAUUGUUUUUGUGAAGAAAUACCACUUUUAUGUCAACGGCGAACUGCCCUACAUCGCUUUGCUGAUCGGAAUGGGUGUGAACGCUGCUUACAAUAUUUGGGAAGAAAAAUCAUAUGUCCGCAAGGUGCGUGAAAACAGUGGCAAGCCGCUGCCCGAAGAGCGUCUGAAGACUAUGAUUUUGGCUGGUAUUGUCUUCCCUAUUGGCAUUUUGUGGUUCUGCUGGACUGGCAACUACUCUGACAAGGUUCACUUUAUGGUCCCUACCGUGGCUGGUUCAUUCAUUGGCUUUGGUCUUAUCGGCAUUUUCCUACCCUGCUUCAAUUACAUCAUUGAUUCUUACUUGUUCUUAUCCGCGUCAGCCAUCGCCGGUAACACCUUCAUGAGAUCUUCGUUCGGUGCUGCCUUCCCUCUGUUCGCGGGUUUCAUGUUCAACAAUAUGGGUGUCAACUGGGCCGGUUUACUGCUUGGCCUCUUCGCCCUUGCCAUGGUUCCAGUGCCUAUACUGUUCAUCAAGUAUGGUAAGGCCUUGAGACAAAGAUCCAAGUUCGCGUUUGUGCUUUAA